UGGAGUCGAGCGCGCCGCGUCGCCCGCUGCCGCCUGUGCGGAGCGUGGGGAGCACUCGGCCACAGCCCUCGCCUGACGCGGAGGGUCCUGCUCGGCGCUGCUGGCCAGGCCACCCCGUGCCCGGGCCUUUCCGUCCUUGGAGCGGAUCAUUGCCCCUAGGGCGCCCUCCCGCAGCGACAGCGAGAGCCAGAGCUGAGGCCGCUGUGGCGGCUGUGCCCAUGCUGGGGUGUCCACACUUAGCGUCCUUCCCACCACCACCUUGCCUCACCUCAGCACUAGGAUCUUAGGUGGCCACCUGUCCCUAGCUGCAACCAAGCUGAGGCUGCACCUGUGAGAAGACUUGACAGGCAGCAUGGGUGAAAUGGCGAACAGUUCCAUCGAGCUCCACUCCAAGCCCCAGCAGCCACGGGAGACACCCCAUGUGGGUGGCUUUGGGUGCACGUUGGCGGAGCUACGCAGCCUCAUGGAGCUCCGAGGGGCUGAAGCAUUGCAGAAGAUCCAGGAAACCUAUGGAGAUGUCAGUGGACUCUGUAGGAGGCUGAAGACAUCGCCCACUGAAGGCCUGGCAGACAACACCAAUGAUUUGGAGAAGCGCAGGCAGAUCUACGGGCAGAACUUUAUCCCUCCCAAGCAGCCUAAGACCUUCCUGCAGCUGGUGUGGGAAGCCCUGCAGGAUGUGACUCUCAUCAUCUUGGAGGUGGCAGCCAUUGUCUCCCUGGGCCUCUCCUUCUAUGCACCACCUGGAGAGGAAAGUGAAGCCUGUGGGAAUGUGUCCGGUGGGGCAGAGGACGAGGGAGAGGCUGAGGCUGGCUGGAUUGAGGGAGCUGCCAUCCUGCUUUCUGUCAUCUGUGUGGUGCUGGUCACGGCCUUCAAUGACUGGAGCAAGGAGAAGCAGUUCCGAGGUCUGCAGAGUCGCAUCGAGCAGGAGCAGAAGUUCACGGUCAUCCGGAAUGGACAGCUCCUCCAGGUCCCUGUGGCAGCAUUGGUGGUAGGGGACAUUGCCCAGGUCAAGUAUGGAGACCUGCUGCCUGCCGAUGGCGUGCUCAUCCAGGGCAAUGACCUCAAGAUUGAUGAGAGCUCCCUGACUGGCGAGUCGGACCAUGUGCGCAAAUCAGCAGACAAAGACCCCAUGCUGCUCUCAGGCACCCAUGUCAUGGAAGGUUCUGGAAGAAUGGUGGUGACGGCUGUUGGUGUGAACUCCCAGACAGGCAUCAUCUUUACCUUGCUUGGAGCUGGUGGAGAGGAGGAGGAGAAAAAGGAUAAGAAAGGCAAGCAGCAGGAUGGGGCGAUGGACAGUAGCCAAACCAGAGCUAAGAAGCAGGAUGGGGCUGUUGCCAUGGAAAUGCAGCCCCUGAAGAGUGCUGAGGGCGGGGAAAUGGAGGAGCGGGAGAAAAAGAAAGCCAAUGUGCCCAAGAAGGAGAAGUCAGUCCUACAGGGCAAGCUCACAAAACUGGCUGUGCAGAUUGGGAAAGCAGGGCUGGUAAUGUCUGCCAUCACUGUCAUCAUCCUGGUCCUCUACUUUGUGAUUGAGACCUUUGUCGUGGAUGGCCGGGUGUGGCUGGCAGAAUGCACACCCGUCUACGUGCAGUACUUUGUGAAGUUCUUCAUCAUUGGUGUCACUGUGCUGGUUGUAGCUGUCCCUGAAGGCCUGCCUCUUGCUGUCACCAUCUCCUUGGCUUACUCUGUCAAGAAAAUGAUGAAGGACAACAACCUGGUACGCCACCUGGACGCCUGUGAGACCAUGGGCAAUGCCACAGCCAUCUGUUCUGACAAGACCGGCACACUCACCACCAACCGCAUGACCGUGGUCCAGUCCUACCUAGGAGACACUCACUACAAAGAGAUCCCAGCUCCCAGCGCUUUGACCCCCAAGAUCCUCGACCUCCUGGUCCAUGCCAUCUCCAUCAACAGUGCCUACACCACCAAAAUACUACCUCCAGAGAAGGAAGGCGCUCUCCCUCGACAAGUAGGCAACAAAACAGAGUGUGCUCUGCUGGGUUUCGUCCUGGACCUGAAGCGUGACUUCCAGCCUGUGCGGGAGCAGAUACCAGAAGACAAGCUAUACAAAGUGUACACUUUCAACUCAGUCCGCAAGUCCAUGAGCACAGUCAUCCGCAUGCCUGAUGGUGGCUUCCGCCUCUUCAGCAAGGGGGCCUCAGAGAUCCUGCUCAAAAAGUGUACCAACAUCUUAAACAGCAAUGGUGAACUCCGAGGAUUUCGUCCUCGGGACCGGGAUGACAUGGUGAAGAAGAUCAUCGAGCCGAUGGCUUGUGAUGGCCUCCGCACCAUCUGCAUUGCCUAUAGAGACUUCCCUGCAAACCAGGAGCCUGACUGGGACAAUGAGAAUGAGGUGGUGGGUGACCUCACCUGCAUAGCUGUCAUGGGCAUCGAGGACCCUGUGCGACCUGAGGUCCCUGAAGCCAUUCGCAAAUGCCAGCGUGCUGGCAUCACAGUCCGCAUGGUGACUGGGGACAAUAUCAACACUGCCCGGGCAAUCGCAGCCAAGUGUGGCAUCAUUCAGCCAGGGGAGGACUUCCUGUGCCUGGAGGGGAAGGAAUUCAACCGGAGGAUCCGCAACGAGAAAGGCGAGAUAGAACAGGAACGACUGGACAAGGUGUGGCCCAAGUUGCGGGUGCUUGCCCGGUCAUCUCCCACGGACAAGCACACUCUGGUCAAAGGGAUUAUCGACAGCACAACUGGUGAGCAGCGGCAGGUGGUGGCGGUGACUGGGGAUGGCACCAAUGAUGGGCCGGCCCUCAAAAAGGCAGAUGUGGGUUUUGCCAUGGGCAUCGCAGGCACUGACGUGGCCAAGGAGGCCUCUGAUAUCAUUCUGACUGAUGACAACUUCACCAGCAUUGUCAAGGCGGUCAUGUGGGGCCGCAAUGUCUAUGACAGCAUCUCCAAGUUCCUGCAGUUCCAGCUUACAGUCAAUGUGGUGGCGGUGAUCGUGGCCUUCACAGGCGCCUGCAUUACUCAGGACUCUCCUCUAAAAGCAGUGCAGAUGUUGUGGGUGAACUUGAUCAUGGACACAUUUGCCUCUUUGGCUCUGGCAACAGAGCCCCCCACUGAGUCACUGCUGCUGCGGAAGCCAUAUGGCCGCGACAAGCCCCUCAUCUCACGCACCAUGAUGAAGAACAUCCUUGGCCAUGCCGUCUACCAGCUCACCAUCAUCUUUACUCUGCUCUUUGUUGGAGAGCUCUUCUUUGACAUCGACAGCGGAAGGAAUGCACCACUGCACUCUCCACCCUCAGAACACUACACCAUCAUCUUCAACACCUUCGUUAUGAUGCAGCUUUUCAAUGAGAUCAAUGCUCGCAAGAUCCAUGGUGAGAGGAACGUCUUUGACGGCAUCUUCAGCAACCCCAUCUUCUGCACCAUUGUCCUGGGCACUUUUGGAAUUCAGAUUGUCAUAGUCCAGUUUGGUGGGAAGCCCUUCAGCUGUUCUCCACUGUCCACAGAACAGUGGCUUUGGUGCCUAUUUGUUGGUGUUGGGGAGCUGGUCUGGGGACAGGUCAUUGCCACCAUCCCCACCAGCCAGCUCAAGUGCCUGAAAGAAGCAGGACAUGGGCCUGGGAAAGAUGAGAUGACCGAUGAGGAGCUGGCCGAGGGCGAGGAGGAGAUCGACCAUGCUGAGAGGGAGCUCCGCAGGGGCCAGAUCCUCUGGUUCCGGGGCCUCAACCGGAUCCAGACGCAGAAUGAAGUUUCAUCUUCUGACUGUGGCCUUCAGGCUCUGGCUCCUUGGCAUCACUCCACAUCUCUCCACACCCCUGUGACUCUGAGCCGCCUUUCCAGAUGUGCACGCUGCCCACCAUGCUGCUUGUGCCUCCCUGCUAUUGUGCUCCCUCAGAGCCUUGUCUUCAUGCUAUAAAAACCCACUCAAAGGGCUGCCAAGUCUAUGACUCCUUCUUACACUCUACCCCCUCCUGCCACCAUGGGCCAUCUGUGCAAAUGAGCCCAGGACACUGAAUCUGAGCAUGUCAGAAUGCCCUGGGGAACUUUCCAGAACUUCAGAGAGUGGGCUCCUACAGGGCUGGGUGAGGUGGCACCAAAGAAGUCCAAGUUGGAAGUGUUCCCUGGGAACCAGGCAUCCUGAGAACUCACUCCAGCAUGGCUAAGGAGGGAUGUCCUGGGUCCACAACUGAGCCAUGUUAUCAGAAACCAGGACUCAGAGGGAUCCUGGGAGGAAAAGGGGAGCAGCCAUUGGAGCCCUGGCCUGAAUCUUCUCUCCCAAUCGGGUGUGCUGAUGCCUCCAGCACAGUGCCCAGGACAGGCAUGGGUGCAAUAGAGGUGGCUUUUACUUGUUCCCUGCAAUAAAUAGUAUAAAUGCAUAUCAAAUGUCAGGAAGCAACUGUCAUGUGUUCCCAGUGUAUGUGUGUCCACCUAAGUGUGCCUUCCAGGAGACUGACUGUGAGCCCCCAGCACCAUCCUCCCAAUUUGAUCCAGGCUAGAUCUUGUCUGUCAUGCUCCAGUUCUGAUACAGAGCCCAAGAAUGGGGUAAAGCAAGCACCCCCCCCCAUGUCAGUGUCUUUAACCUCUGGUAAUGUGAUACAAGGUAGACUUAGUGUUUCUACCAGCUGAGACAGCAUCCCUACCCCCACCUAGAGUGUCAGUGGUAGCCUGGCCACCAGUGUGUGUUGUGUCUUUGUGUGCCUCUGGGCUCCUGGGUCUGCCACUGCUGCCUGACUAGCAGAAGUGGGUCCUACCAAUUGUAGUCUCAGUGUUCCAUCCUUUCUGACUGUUCCAUGCCCAUGUACAUGCUUAGAAGAAAGAACAUGGGGCCCCAAGGGAAGGGGUAAUGGCCCCAGUGAGAGCCAGGCUAGGACCAGUUCCUCAAGUGUACCCCCCCAGGAAAGCCACACUGAUUCCUCCACGGGGUCUCGGACCCCCAUGGCUUUUCAAGGUGGCUUUAUCAUGCCAAAUUCACCAUGACUCUCAAGAAUGCUGAAGCAGUUGCUUUAGCUCAAAUUACUCCAUUUGAUUCAAAAACCUGUUUGAAAAACAGAAAUAAAGCUUUCGCGAGG